AUGACGACGCCGCUCUCAACAGCGGGGCCCUCAGAGGAGGAUGAGCGCAUGAACGACGAGUUACUGCAGACACUGCGGUCUUUCGGACUGUACGAGAGCGAAGAGCAAUUGGCACGACGUGAGCAGGUUCUGAACAAACUGCACCGCAUAGUGCAGAAAUAUGCGCAAAACGAAGGAAAAGCAAUUUAUAGUGAAGCUGAGGCAUGUCUUAAGCAUGUGCGGCUGCGUACGUUUGGCUCCUGUCGACUCGGUGUGCAGAGCUGCGACGCUGACAUCGACACAUUAUGUGUUGCGCCAAGACAUUGUUCGCGUGAAAGUUUUUUCAAAAAGGUGCCUAUUCUGUUGGAAGCAGAGCCAAAAGUUACAAAGCUACGCGUGAUUAGCGACGCAUUCGUGCCAGUGAUUAAGAUGCAUGUGGACGGAAUUCCAGUAGACUUGUUGUUUGUAUCCUUGAAUCUUGACUCAAUAUCAGAGAAUCUUGAUAUGCUGGAUGACCAACUACUUCGAGGAAUCGACGAGGCCGCGGUACGAAGCUGCAAUGGUGUUCGCGUAACAGAGCGAAUUUUGCAACUUGUACCCAAUCAGGAACGAUUUCGAACGACGUUGAUUGCUAUUAAACAUUGGGCUCGGGUUCGAGGCGUUUACUCCAACGUAUUGGGCUUUCUUGGUGGCGUCAACUGGGCUAUUUUGGUGGCACGUAUCUGCCAGUUUUACCCGAAUUCGUUACCUGCAACGUUGCUGUUGCGCUUCUUUAGAAUUUAUCAAAUGUGGACUUGGCCAAAUCCAAUUAUGCUUGCUCGGGUCGACAAUCCAUUAAAUUUGGAAUUCUCGGGCUGGAAUCCUAAGUUUAACGUGCGUGAUAGAUCACAUAUAAUGCCGAUCAUCACACCGGCAUAUCCUAUGUUAAACUCGUCAUUUAAUGUGAUGGCGUCAACUCUUCGCAUACUUAAGGCUGAGUUCGAAAAGGGAUUUCAGCGGACGCUUGAGAUUGAAAAUAAGAAGUACUCGUGGGCAAAGCUGUUCAUGGCUCCAAAGUUUUUUCAAAGAUCAAAACAUUUUCUUCGUGUCCAAAUCACAGCAACAAAUGCUAUAGACUUUGACGGCUGGUUUGGCUGGGUCGAGUCAAAAUUGCGGCAUUUCUUUCUCCGGUUGGAAGCGAUCCCUGGCGUCAUAAUCCAUCCGUUUGCUCGCUUCUUCGAUUUCAUUGAUACCAAAGGUGGAAGUUUAGAGCAUCCUUCAAAGAUCGAAGUUUAUACCUCGUGGCUAUUUAUUGGAUUGAAAUUUCCCGCUCCUAUAACAGUAUCGACUACUGAUGCGUCUCACACUGUGGAUUUUACUAGCGUGAUUCAAGUCUUUGCGUUAUACGCAGACCAGUGGGGUGGUCGUCAUGGGGAGAUGGACUUGCAAAUCAAUCAUGUUACACGGGCGCAGAUUCCCAUGUGGGUACUUGAGUCUGCACACAAUGGGGUAGACAACCACAAACACUUAAGUAAACAGUCGCAAUGUAAAAAGCGCGAGUGCGAUGAUGUCACAAAUGGUGUGAGUGAGAUGGCUGCUGGUGCGCCUAGCUCAUCAAAAAAGAACAAAGGUACGUAG